AUGGCCAUCCAGACGCUAUGCUGGGCCAAACUGGCUAGAGGAGAUCGGAACGUGAAUAUUAGAGCGGACUCGAGAAGUUUCCUCUCCCCCCUACUCCUCCCCCCAAUUCCUCCCCACAACCCCUUAAGCGCAUCAUCGUACCGACCGUUUAAGCCCAUUUUCUUACCGACCGAGCCUGAAUCUUAUCAAGUCGGCAAAGCCCCUUUUCGACGUUUGAGUUAUCCCCCAAGUAAGCGUCAAAAGUCACGUAUUAUCCCGACAAGCGAACGUCCGUCAAAUAUGGAAUCAACACUUAGAUCAGCUCCCAAAGUAACGCGCGCGAAAUCCGCAAAGAACCCUGUCGUUAACAAUGAAAACACAUCGUCACCAUCAGCAGAAACGGAGACUCCCGUGAACCCUACGAUCACAUUAGACGCCUCACAGGAUAGCGGAGGGGACGAGUCAGUAGAUUUGAUAAGCAAGAACCCAGUAUUAUCCACAGAAACGUUGAAUGAGAUCGCAAGCAAGACGUCAGUCCCACCGAUCACCGAACAGAUCGAUGAAAGAGAACACAUUUGGGCUAAGAUUAAAGAUGCUCAAACAGCAGGCGACGAAGGAUUCGCUGAAGGAGGAGCCUGAGCCGAGAGUGAGAACACCCAAUCUCCGUAUGAAUCAUUGAUUGCAGUUUUACAAACCCAUCCUUUUCCAAUUACUCUUGAUCUUUCUAAGUAACAACCUUGUACGUGCCAUGUCUUCAGCAUUGUAUGGCCUCAAAUAUAAUUUAUAGCACUCCGACUUCCAUCUGCCUAGAGUGCAUAAGUCAUCUACCGUC